UGCCACCAUGGCGGCACUCCUUUUGAAGCACCUUGCUUCCUCCCUGACCCGCCAAGUGGCCCAGACGAGCCAGUUAAGUCUGACCUUGUCGUCACCGGCAGCUUGUGCUUACAGAUGUCUCUGCACCCUCACCACCGCUCCCCGCACACUGUUCCUGUCAUCAUCCAGAAUCAGCUCCCUCCAGCCCCCCUCGUCUGGCUCCUCUGCUCAGUGUGGACCGUCUCUGUUGGGCCAGUGUCAGCAUCUUCCCUGCAUCCAGCCCUCUGCAGGGAUGAAAACCAAGUCUGCCCUGAAGAGGCGCUGCAAAGACUGUUUCAUUGUUCGACGCAGGGGCCAUUUGUAUGUGUUUUGCAAGACUAAUCCGAGGCACAAGCAGAGGCAGGGCUAAAAUGUUGAAGGAGUAUUGAGAAGAUUCAUUGUGGAUACGUAGAAGAACUGUGCUACAAAAAUAAAUUGUUUGGCUGAAGAAUAUUCAUCGCUCUUUUCAUACUUCUUCUGUUUCGUCUGAACAGCAAUGGCCCAGCGUACAUCUUUUUUUCACAGUGAACAAGCUGAAUUUUUCUUAAAAUUCCACACAAUUUAUUUGCUAAAUAAAGUUAAUAUGAGAUUACUUUGAAUAAAGUUUA